AUGGCGUCCAAGCGCAAAGCUUCCGCGAUGGCGGCCUCGGUUACCGAGGAGCCUGUCGACCCUUCUGACGAGCUCAUGUUCCUUUGCCUAGGCGGUGGAAAUGAAGUCGGGCGGUCAUGCCAUAUUAUUCAAUACAAGGGAAAGACAGUCAUGCUCGAUGCUGGCCAACAUCCCGCAUAUGAUGGCCUCGCUGCGCUUCCUUUCUACGACGACUUCGAUCUGAGCACCGUUGAUGUUCUCCUUAUCAGCCAGGGUCGUGUCUUCAUGACCCAUCCGACCAAAGCCAUAUACAAAUGGCUCAUUCAAGAUAGCGUUCGCGUGGGAAACACGUCCUCAAAUCCGACCUCGCAACUGAUAUAUACGGAGCAAGACCACUUGAACACGUUUCCGCAGAUCGAGGCUAUCGAUUACCACACAACACACACUAUCUCUUCGAUCCGCAUCACACCCUACCCGGCAGGUCAUGUCCUCGGUGCUGCCAUGUUUCUGAUCGAGAUUGCCGGACUCAAGAUCUUCUUCACAGGCGACUACUCACGGGAACAAGACCGACAUCUGGUCUCUGCCGAGGUGCCAAAGGGUGUGAAGAUCGAUGUGUUGAUCACCGAGUCAACUUACGGCAUCGCAUCACACAUUCCGCGGCUAGAGAGAGAGCAAGCGCUUAUGAAAUCCGUGACUGGCAUCUUAAAUAGGGGCGGUCGUGUGCUCAUGCCCGUCUUUGCUCUUGGACGAGCGCAAGAGCUUUUGUUGAUCUUGGACGAGUACUGGGGCAAGCACCCAGAGUUUCAAAAGAUUCCUAUCUACUAUGCUAGCAAUUUGGCCCGCAAGUGUAUGCUGGUGUAUCAGACAUACGUGGGAGCCAUGAAUGAUAAUAUCAAGCGGCUCUUCCGGGAGCGCAUGGCCGAGGCCGAGGAGUCGGGAGACGGUGCCGGAAAGGGAGGCCCGUGGGAUUUCAAGUACAUCCGCUCGCUCAAGAACCUCGAUCGUUUUGAAGAUGUCGGCGGCUGCGUCAUUCUUGCUAGUCCCGGUAUGUUGCAAAAUGGUGUCAGCAGAGAGCUUCUGGAGAGGUGGGCACCGAAUGAGAAGAAUGGAGUCAUUAUCACAGGCUACAGCGUGGAGGGCACAAUGGCAAAGCAAAUAAUGCAGGAGCCGGAGCAGAUACAGGCCGUCAUGUCUCGAAGCAUGGCGGGAGCCAGGCGAGCACCAGGCGCAGAGGGCGAAAAGGUCAUGAUACCGCGGCGGUGCAGUGUCCAGGAGUUCUCCUUCGCUGCCCAUGUAGACGGAAACGAAAACCGAGAGUUCAUCGAGGAGAUGGCCGCACCGGUCGUCAUCCUCGUUCACGGCGAGCAGCACAAUAUGAUGCGGCUGAAAUCCAAGCUCCUAUCCCUAAACGCCAACAAAGCCACAAAAGUCAAGGUCUACAGCCCUCGCAAUUGCGAGGAACUGCGUAUCCCUUUCAAGGCGGACAAGACUGCAAAAGUCGUUGGCAAACUCGCGUCUAUCCACCCUCCAACACACUUACCAACCGACGACGAGCAAGCUCAGCUUAUCACCGGGGUCUUGGUUCAAAAUGACUUCAAAAUGUCCCUGAUGGCCCCUGAAGAUCUACGUGAGUACGCCGGUCUGGCCACGACGACUAUCACCUGCAAGCAACGCCUCCAUCUCAGUGCCGCAGGUGUCGAUCUCAUCAAGUGGGCACUUGAAGGCACCUUUGGUAGUAUAGAGGAGCUGCCCGAGAUGAAAAAGGAGCAGAACGGCAAUACCAACGGCACCGACGCCAACGGCGAUGAGAAUAUGGAGCAAGAGGAGGAGGCUGACGAGGAGGUUAACAAUCUCGUUGCGGCCUACCUCGUCAUGGGCUGCGUGUCGGUGCGGUAUCGCAGCAGCGGCGAGGUCGAGCUCGAGUGGGAGGGCAACCUGCUCAACGAUGGCAUCGCCGACUCCGUGAUGGCAGUCCUAAUGUCCGUUGAGAGCAGCCCCGCGGCGGUCAAGCGGUCGUCGGCUCAGCACCCUCACGACCACGGCGACCACCAGCACGAGUACGAGCUGCCCACGCGCAACCUACACGUCGGCCUAACGCCCGAGGAGCGUCUCGAGCGCCUCUUCCUCUUCCUCGAGGCACAGUUCGGCGCAGACAACGUCGCGCCCAUUGCACAGCCCAAGCUAGCGCCCUUGCCCGAUGAUGGGGAUAGCAAGAAGAAGAAGAAGUCAUCAUCCGCCGACGACGACGACGGCUCGGACGCGUCGAUGGACGUCUCGGACGAUGAGGACGAAGCCGAGCGCCUGCUGCAGCUGCGCCAGAAGACGGAGCUAGAGCGGCUGCACCGCCUCGGAAUCCCGGUGCCCGGCGUAGCCAUCAAGGUCGACAAGCUGGCGGCGAACGUUUGGCUUGAGGAUCUCGAGGUUGAGUGCGCCAAUAAGACGUUCCACGACCGUGUCAAGGCAGUGGUCGAGCGCGCGGUGGAGGUCACGGCGCCGCUUUGGGGCUGA